AAAAAAAAAAACUUGGAAAGGAAGAGACAGAAAACAAAAUGGGUUGAGAAAGGCGAAGAAGACAAUACAAGAGCAACAACUAAAGCAGCAGAAGAAUCCUUCUUCUCAGCGAAUGGGUGGAAGAUGGAUCAAAACCCUAUCAUCCCUUUUAUAUAACAACAACCACCGCCACAUACCAACAACAACAACACGUUCUUCUUCUUCUUCUUCUCCUUUACUAUUCACACCCCACUUUCUCUUCAACCGUUUUCUCACCGUCGCCGCAAUUCCUCUUGACCCGGAUCCAAUUCAUAUUGAACCGGAAGAUGAUCCACAUGUCAAAAUCCCCAUCAAAGCGUUCUUCCUCUCCACCAGUAUAAAUUUGAAAGGCAUCCAGGCUGACAAUCCAAGAAACGUCGUACCUCCAUCUUCUCGCUCAGCAUCAAACUAUGUCGCUCUCCGGUUCUGCAACUAUAAUUCAGAUGCUAAUGGACCUGGAUUUCAUGUGAAAGCAAGCAAUUGUCGUUAUAUGGUUGUCUACCAGUAUGGAUCUGCUGUUUUGUUUAACAUUGAGGAUCAUGAAGUUGAUAUAUACCUGCAACUAGUUAAGAGGCAUGCAUCUGGUUUACUUUCAGAGAUGAGGAAAGAUGAUUAUGCAAUAAGGGAGAAGCCACAAUUAGUUGAGGAUAUGCUAGGGGGUCCUGACUACAUAGUUCUGAAAUCCUUAGAUACUGAUGGCAUUCGUUUAAUUGGAAGUGUGCUUGGACAAAGCAUAGCUCUGGAUUAUUUUGUCUCACAGGUUGAUGGUUUGGUUGAAGAGUUUGCAGGCAUAAAUCGUGGAAUGGAGAAAACUGGAACUUUUACAAUGGAUAAGAAGAAGCUGCUUCAGCUUGUUGGGAAGGCUAACUCUAAUUUGGCUGACGUGAUUCUUAAAGUUGGUCUCUUCGAAAGGUCAGAAAUUGCAUGGAGGGAUGCAAAGUAUGCUCAAAUAUACGAGUAUCUUAGGGAGGAGUACGAAGUAGCACAACGCUUUGGAAACCUAGAUUACAAAUUGAAAUUCGUAGAGCACAAUAUUCAUUUUUUACAAGAAGUUCUCCAGAACAGAAAGUCAGAUUUCUUGGAAUGGUGCAUUAUUGGUCUAUUGACGAUCGAAAAUGUUAUAUCCUUAUACGAGAUUCUAAAAGAUUCAAAUGCAAUUUCAUAGUAAAGUAGCAGAGAAGUUGAAGCUAGAUUAAGUUAUUGUAACAGCAGUUCUUCCCCCCAUUUUUGAGCUAAUCAUAAUUUUUCCCUAUGUAUUUAUGAUUAAUAAAAUUCACAUAUUCAAUGAUAUGUAUGAAAUUUAUUAGAAAAAAUCUGGAAACUAUAUUAGUUUCUCAGAAUAGUUGAUAUAAGUGAUAACCCUCUCCCCCACAAAACAAGGAAGGAUAUCAGUUGUACAUAUGAAACUUAUGCUUCUUAUAGUAUCUUGAAUGGAAAAAACAAGUAGCAGAGGCCAUAUUGGUUCAUCCAGCUUAACUUUGA